UUGACCUUCCGUCCUCUCAGCGUUGAGAAGAAGGAGCGAGCGAGAUUAAAGACGGUGAAGUUCAACGCAAAGUCUGGAGAGCGAGGGCAGUCUCUCAAUGACAAGCGUAGAAAGAACCUCUUUACCCGAAAGUUUCCCUUCUACAAGAGCAAAGAGGCGAGCGAGCAGGAGACCAGCGACCUCGACCAACACGUGACGUCCAACGCCAGCGACAGCGAGAGUAGCUGCCGCGGGCCGGAGGAGCUGGUUCUGUCCUACGAACCCGUCGCUCAGCAGGAAGUGAGCUACACCCGUCCCGUCAUCGUCCUCGGCCCCAUGAAGGACCGGAUCAACGACGACCUCAUCUCGGAGUUCCCCGACAAGUUUGGAUCCUGCGUCCCUCAUACGACGCGGCCCAAGCGCGACUACGAGGUGGACGCCAGAGACUACCACUUCGUGGUGUCCCGAGAGCAGAUGGAGAAGGACAUCCAGGACCACCGGUUCAUCGAGGCGGGGCAGUACAACGGCCACCUGUACGGGACCAGCGUGCAGUCGGUCCGGGAGGUGGCUGAGAAGGGGAAGCACUGCAUCCUGGACGUGUCGGGGAACGCCAUCAAGCGGCUGCAGCUGGCGCAGCUUCACCCCGUCGCCGUGUUCAUCAAGCCCAAGUCCGUGGAGAACAUCAUGGAGAUGAACAAGCGGCUGACGGAGGAGCAGGGCAGGAAGACCUUGGACCGAGCCGCCAAGCUGGAGCAGGAGUUCACCGAGCACUUCACAGCCGUCGUCCAGGGCGACACUCUGGAGGAGAUCUACGAGCAGGUGAAGCAGAUCAUCGAGGAGCAGUCUGGUCCGUUCAUCUGGGUUCAGUCCAAGGAGAAGUUAUGAGGACCAAACUCCUCAGAUCCAGAGGCUUUUAUUUUGAAAAGCACCCCCCCACCUCCUUCUGAUUAACGGCACGACACACAGACUACCUGACUUUUAUUUUGAAGUUGUUUGGAAGUAUGAUGACAUCACACGCAGCGCGGCGCCUUAAUGUUUAAGGGAGGAGGAGGAGGAGGAGCAGGAGGAGGAGCAGCAGCAGCAGCAGGAGGAGGAGGAGGAGGAGGAGG